AUGAAUGAGGACCUUCAACCGGCCAAGCUAGGCACAUCCGAAUACUGGGAAGACUUCUAUGAGAAGGAGGUCGCUAAUUUCAAAUCUUUCGGGGAUGAGGGCGAGAUAUGGUUCGGAGAGGAUGCUGAAGACAAGAUCAUCGAAUACUUGGAAGAGAAUUUUGGCAAUGCGCAGCCACUGUCGGUACUCGACCUCGGAACUGGUAAUGGUCACCUAUUGUUCGCAUUGUACGAAGCUGGUUUUGGUGCCUGGAAAUUCAAAGGCAUCGACUAUGCUCAACAUUCAGUGGCGCUAGCAAGGCAAGUAGCUGCAUCAAGGGGACUCCAAUCUUCAAUCGAAUUUGAGCAAGCAGACUUCCUCAUGGCUCCUGCGACCCAGGAGGAAGAAUCAUAUGAUCUUAUCCUGGACAAAGGGACCUUUGAUGCAAUCUCUCUGUCUGCCGACAGGACUGCAACCGGUCAAAGGCUCUGUGAUGUGUUUCCCGGCUGUGUGGCGAAGAUGUUGAAGCGCGGUGGAACCUUCCUGAUUACAAGCUGCAACUGGACAACUGAUGAACUCAUUCAACGUCUCAGUAGCCCAGGUAAUUAUCCAGCGAUCCAUCACAUAGAUCGGCCGACCAUGACAUUUGGUGGAGGCUCAGGGUCUGAUGUCUCAACGGUAGCAUUCCAAAGGCCAGCACUUCAAUAAGGCCAUUCGCGGCAAAUUCAGGGUACUCGAGCAGCUGAAUGACCCGCCUCGCCUGCAAUCGAGCUCGCUCUAAAGUUGGGCACGCUUGGCUCUUGCAAGAUCAAUGUGCGUCUCGAUGAACAUGAGUUGAUCACGUUUGACUUCGAGUGCAUCGUCACACAGCCACUUAGUAGAUCACCAAAUUUGUGAUAGGUAUAUGAUCAUAUGAACAAAUGCAGUAUGCCAAUAGUACUGGUACCAGGUACAUAUCACUAAUAAGCGCUC